CACGUUCAUCACCCUCCAUUUCAAUACUUCACCACACAAACAAGACCUCACAAAUUAUUGCAUAAUGGCAUCCAUUGUAGCCAUUUCUCUACCUUCUUCCUUAUCAAUAACAAGCCGUCCUCCUCAUAGUAAUUUCAUCGGCAGCGGACGACGUAGUACGGUGGUUGUAAGGGCUCAAGGCAGUGGCGGCGAACCCAUAAACCCUGCAAUCAGGAAGACAGAAGACAAAGUGGUAGACUCUGUGCUCAUUGCUGAACUUUCCAAGCCCCUCACUCCCUAUUGCAGAUGUUGGAGGUCAGCCACAUUUCCUCUAUGUGAUGGAAGCCAUGUUAAGCACAACAAGGCAACUGGUGAUAAUGUUGGUCCUUUGCUUUUAAAGCAGUAAACAUGGUCAUAUUUUCCCUGAUGAGUUUUAUAGGAUUGGUAAUGGGUUGAGGCGGGGCGUGGCAUGAUUCUCCAUUCCUAUUCCAGAUAGGGGAUUUUACCUCAUCCCCGCCAUUUGAAGAUGGAGACAAAAGCAAAAAAUUUUCGUCGAGGAAACGGGUCUGAACCCAUUUUCCAUUUUCCCUUUAUGUUUUUCCAUAGUUAGCUCAAUUAUCUGUAUCCUUUAGAUUCGAAACUUAUAAGAUGCAAUAUUUAUUCUUAAAA